CACUUCACAGAUAGUCAAUUGUAACGACGACUAAGACCGGUGAACAUCGAGGAGAGGUCGUGGAGGAAUUUACCAUCUAGCCACCAUCGCCGUUCGCCAAUUACACCAUGGCUGAUACCGAAAAGGCGCCGCAGCCGCAGCCCCAACAGCAGCAGCAACAAGAGCAACAACCCCCACAGCAACCGCAACAAGCUAAAGCGGCUAAACAAAAGCAGGUCAUUGCUGAGAAAGUUUCGGGAACCGUCAAAUGGUUUAAUGUCAAGAGUGGAUAUGGUUUCAUCAACAGGAAUGACACCAAGGAGGAUGUGUUUGUGCAUCAAACUGCAAUCGCCCGGAACAACCCUCGCAAGGCUGUGCGCUCGGUCGGCGACGGGGAGGCGGUGGAGUUUGCCGUGGUUGCCGGGGAGAAAGGCUAUGAAGCAGCCGGAGUAACUGGUCCCGGCGGUGAGCCGGUAAAGGGCUCGCCCUACGCAGCUGACAAACGCCGCGGCUUCCAUCGCCAAUAUUACCCCCGUCAAAGUGGCGGACGUGGCGGGGAAGGCGCUCCACGUAGAGGUGGAAUGGGACGUCGUGGGCCCCCGACCAACCAGGGGGGUGCACAGGGGGAUGAAGGUCAGGAGGGAGGCGGAGCACCACCACAGCGCAGCUACUUCCGCCGCAAUUUCCGUGGUGGACGUCGUGGUGGCGGUCCAGGGCCCAUGAAUCGCGGAGGAUACCGUCGCGCUCGUCCACGCAAUUUCCAACCGGGCCAAGGACAGGGCCAGCCCCAAGCCGGUGGACAGCCUAACCAAGCACCACGUCAAAAUGGUCAGGAGGCAGAGGCCCCAGCCACCGCUGCGUCGCCAACGCAACAGCAACAGGCUAAGCCGAAAUCUACCACCAAGCCUGCUGGUACUACCAUUGAGACCACUACCAAUGAGAGCCAGGCCUAAACACCCGGCAGCUGCACAGUGUGGCACACCCCUUAGUAGUGCAUAUUAAUUCUAGCUGUGCCACAUAUCCAACACAACUUUGUCUUGUCUGUACAACUGAAGAGUGUUUUGUUUUAUUGUUGUUGCAGAAGCUAUUUACAACUUAAGAAAGUCUGCACUUUUGUCAUCUUCAUUGAUUGAUAUGUAAUGUUAGGGGAGGAUUUAAACGGAACUGCAUAGUAUCAUAGAUCAAAAAUGUGAUAUUUUGAUUAUUCUAAAUAAUGUAUUGUUUUAUGAGUUUUAUUGGUUGUUCCUACAAAAUGAUUGUGAAUUGUAUUUUUUUAACUAAUAACUUAUACAAGUUUUGGACAUCCAAGAUUUUAAUUGUGCAAUUUAUGGUUUUAAAGAAAUUAAAGAAUAUGCAGGUUCCUACGCCCCAAUUAAUUUGUGUAUUUUAAAAGAAUGAUGAUUAUUUUACUAUAAAUUUAUAUGAAUGUAUGUUUUAACUAUUAUUUGUAAUGAAAUUUUUAGUAAGUACUGUGAACAACACUCUCAGAAAUAAAAACUUCUUUUUACCAGUGUGAA